UGCCAGUUGGAUGCAGAACGCUUCGACGACCGAGCGAUAUAUCCACAGCCGUAGAAUCGAGCUGAUUAUACAUAGGCGUUCCAGAAAACGGCGAUGUGGCUAAAGACGCGAGCGGGAUCGAACGAUAGAGAACGAGAGAGACAGUCAAUUGUUUGGGCUGAAUGUGCUUAAUGAAGUGUCGGAUAUGUCAUGAGCACAGACAAUAAACAAGCCUUCGCAGUCCGCAGCAGAGCGUGUUCGGUGCAGAUGCAUCUGUGAGAUACAAGAAAUGCUCGGGAAAAGUAAAAAGUGACAGUGCGCCAGUGUGCCAGUGAAAAACCAGCAAAAUUAUGUAGGCCUGGUCGGAAUUGCAGACCUGGUCAGUAUCGUACACAUAUCCCGAAUCGUCCCUCGUGUUGAAGGAAAUGAGCCAGAACCUCCAAGUGAGCUACACCGCUUUGGGCAUGUCGGACGAUAAUCAAACCUGCAGCUACUCGAUGCCCUCGGUGGCGUCGCCCACCCACAACCACCGCCUGCAGCGCAAUGUCAACUUCAACGAGGACCUCAACGACCUGGCCGGCUAUCCCCCGCAGCAGCUCCCCCCCGCUCCGGCGGUCCGUCGCUUUUCCAAGUCCAUUUUCCAGCGACCGCGCUCGAUGUCCGUUUGGAGUGACAUCAGUCGCAGCAGUAUGCGCCUGGAUGAAAGAGUUCGUGUGGAGUACUAUGUGAACGAAAACACAUUUAAAGAAAGACUGCAACUCUAUUUCAUUAAGAAUCAGCGUUCAAGCCUGCGCAUACGAAUCGCCGAUUUAUUCCUUAAGUUACUGUCGUGUGUUCUCUACAUAAUACGUGUGAUAUUGGAUAAAAAUCCAACAUUUAUAACAUGCUAUGGCUGCGAAGUGGGCAACAAAACGGAGUUCAUCAUCUCGGCCAAACUGACGGAGGAGGAGUUCCAGGAGAGCCCCAUCAUAAACUGGGACGCCAUACUCUGGGUGAACCGGCCAACUGUGCUCUGGGUCCUGCAGCUACUUCUAGCCAUGGUGUCGCUAACGCAAUCCUUGGUUCUCACAUAUCUAGGCUAUAAGGGCAACAUCUGGCAACAGAUACUCUCAUUUCACUUUAUUCUAGAAUUAGUAACGACAAUACCCUUUGCACUUACGAUUGUUCAUCCUCCGCUGCGGAACCUUUUCAUUCCCAUUUUCCUCAACUGCUGGCUGGCCAAGCGAUCGCUGGAGAAUAUGUUUAAUGACCUCCAUCGUGCCAUGCAAAAGUCUCAGUCGGCGCUCUCCCAGCAGUUGACCAUUCUAUCAGCAACAUUGCUGUGCUUAGUCUUCACGAGCGUUUGUGGCAUCCAGCACUUUCAGCGCGCUGGUCAUCGACAUUUGAAUCUCUUUCAGAGCACCUACUAUGUGGUUGUGACCUUCUCCACAGUGGGGUACGGUGACUUUGUGCCGGACAUUUGGCCCUCGCAGCUCUAUAUGGUCAUCAUGAUUUGUGUCGCCCUCAUUGUGCUGCCCACGCAGUUCGAACAACUAGCCUUUACGUGGAUGGAGCGCCAAAAGUUGGGCGGCAGCUAUAGUUCACAUCGCGCCCAAAGCGAAAAGCACGUGGUGGUGUGCUCCACCACCCUGCAUGCGGACACCAUCAUGGACUUCCUCAACGAGUUCUACGCCCAUCCGCUGCUGCAGGAUUUCUACGUGGUGCUGCUCAGCCCCAUGGAGCUGGACACGACGAUGCGGAUGAUCCUGCAGGUGCCCAUUUGGGCGCAGCGCGUCAUCUACAUUCAGGGAUCCUGCCUGAAGGAUGGCGACCUGGCACGCGCUAGGAUGAACGAGGCGGAGGCGUGCUUCAUCCUGGCGGCCAGAAACUAUGCGGACAAGACGGCCGCCGACGAACACACCAUCCUACGCUCCUGGGCCGUCAAGGACUUCGCCCCGAAUGUACCGCAGUAUGUGCAGAUUUUCAGGCCUGAGCACAAGCUGCAUGUGAAGUUCGCGGAGCACGUGGUCUGCGAGGACGAGUUCAAGUACGCCCUUUUGGCCAACAACUGCACCUGCCCCGGCGCCAGCACACUGGUCACCCUGCUGCUCCACACAUCCCGCGGACAGGAGGGCCAGCAGAGUCCGGAGGAGUGGCACCGCCUGUACGGCAAGUGCUCCGGAAACGAGAUCUACCACAUUGUGCUCGGCGACAGUCGAUUCUUUGGCGAGUACGAGGGCAAGAGCUUCACCUACGCCAGCUUCCAUUCGCAUCGCAAAUAUGGAGUGGCCCUGGUGGGCGUGCGUCCGGCGGAGCUGCCGGAAUUCUACGAGGAAACCAUUCUGCUGAAUCCCGGGCCCAGGCACAUUAUGAAAAAGGAUGACACGUGCUAUUACAUGAGCAUCACCAAGGAGGAGAAUUCCGCAUUUGUCGUUAAUCAAAAUCAAACAUCGGACCCAACGGCAGCUGGCAAGGAGGGGGGCGUGGCCGGGGGCGGGGGCGGUCCCUCCUCGUCCGCCUCCCCGCACCCCGCGUCUGCAACUGCCAAUCCAACAACAACAAUAACAACAACAACAGUACAAGCAACAACAACAACAACAAUUAGCACAACCUUCACAUCAUCAACAUUACUAUCAGCAUCAACAACAACAGCAACAAUAAAUGCAACCUCAACCGCCGCAGCCGCACCACCACCAGUGCCGUCUGUUUGUGUGCGUGUGCCCCACAGUCCCAGUUACGAUAGUGGUGGUGGCACCACUAAUACCGGCACCACCCACUUGCAACCGUAUCCGUAUCCGCAAACGUAUCCGCAAUCGUAUCCGCAAUCGCAUCCGCAAUCAAUGCAAACACCAGACAGUGGCGAGUUUGCAUCACUAUUUGUGCCCAGCGAUAAUCCGACGGCUGUGAUAAUCUCGGACUCCAGGCAGAACCUCAAGGACACGACGGUGACCCAGACGGCGGCAACGAUAACCACAACGACCCUGCCACCUCCUCACCAAACAAUGGGAUCCCCGAGCAUGGCCGGUGGAUCGGGUGGCGGUGGAGGGGGCGGAGGCCUGGGUUUGGGCAGUGCCCACAGCAUGGGCACCUCGCUAAGUAUCACCCCAGCCACCCUGACCACCACGGGCAAUCACCUGGACGUUCCCUUUGCCAACAAUCCGAACCUGCUCAGUCCGGAUGUGCUCAACCAGCGGAGGGGUAGUAGACGUCCCUCGAUCCUGCCCGUGCCCGAUAUGUUCACCUCCUCCUCGUUUAGCAUCGCGGGCAAUGACGAUGGCGAGGAGGGUGACGAGAGUGAUGAUGAGAUCGACGACGAGAUGCCCUGGCGCUCGCCCUCCGAGAAGAUUGCCUGCUUGGGCGGGCACUUUCCACAAUCGCGCACCUAUUCGCUCAUCAUGAGCUCCUCGGAGGAUUCGUACCAGCGAGGUUGCAGCUGCUGCAAUGCCACUGCUUCCGCUUCCGUUGCCGCUGCUGCUGCUGCUCCUGCUGCUCCUGCUGCUCCAGGUUAUCCUGGCGACUCUCCAGGUGAAUCCGUUACUAAUGCUGACUCGGUUGAUUUCGCCACUGCCCUGCCAUCCGAGGAGUAUCUGCCGCAGUUGCGCAGGCGCGUGAUGAAAAAGAGCUACAGCUGCGACAGUGAGUGCCGUUCGGUGCCCGGAAUGGGAACGGGAACGGGCAUGGGCAUGGGUUUGGGUCUGGGCGGAGGAGCCUUGGCCAGGCUGGCGGCUCGCAGGCGCCAGUUGCAGAGAUGCUGCUCCUGCAGUUGCUCCACCACAGCCACCACAACAACAACAAACGCACCGGUGGCAGCGAUGGCGGCAGCAACGGCAAUGGCGGCCGGAAGUGGGGCAACGGCAUUCACGUCGAGCAGUUCCGUAGAGACACGUCGACCGGUGCGUCCGGUUUGGGUCUACGACUACUCCUGCAUCGUCAAGGGUUUCCCACCCGUGUCACCCUUCAUCGGCGUGAGUCCCACGCUCUGCUACCUGCUCAAAGAGAAGAAGCCCCUCUGCUGUCUGCAGCUGGCCCAGGUCUGCGAACACUGCAGCUAUCGAAAUGCCAAGGAGUACCAGUGGCAGAACAAGACGAUCAUCCUGGCAGCUGACUAUGCCUCCAAUGGCAUAUACAACUUCAUCAUUCCGCUGCGAGCUCACUUCCGAUCGAAGACCUCGUUGAACCCCAUCAUCCUGCUCCUGGAGAGACGGCCAGAUGUGGCCUUCCUAGAUGCCCUCUCCUACUUUCCGUUGGUCUACUGGAUGCUGGGCUCGAUCGACUGCCUGGACGAUCUGCUGAGGGCUGGUAUCACUUUGGCCGAAAGCGUGGUGGUGGUCAACAAGGAGCUGUCCAAUUCCGCCGAGGAGGACUCGCUCUCGGACUGCAACACCAUUGUGGCCGUGCAGAACAUGUUCAAAUUCUUUCCCAGCAUCAAGAGCAUCACCGAGCUGUCGCAGAGCUCCAAUAUGCGGUUCAUGCAGUUCCGGGCCCACGACAAGUACGCCCUUCACCUGAGCAAAAUGGAGAAGCGCGAGAAGGAGCGCGGGUCGCACAUCUCCUACAUGUUCCGUCUGCCCUUCGCCGCGGGAGCCGUGUUCAGUGCCUCCAUGUUGGACACCCUGUUGUACCAGGCCUUCGUGAAGGACUACGUGAUCACCUUUGUGCGCCUGCUGCUGGGCAUUGACCAAGCACCGGGCAGUGGAUUCCUGACCUCGAUGCGCAUCACCAAGGACGACAUGUGGAUACGCACCUAUGGGCGACUGUAUCAGAAGCUGUGCUCAACCACCUGCGAAAUACCCAUUGGCAUUUACCGCACGCAGGACACCUCGAAUGCGGACACGUCUCAUGUGAGUAACUCGCCGGUCGAGAGAUGGGGACCCUUCUCGGCCUUCAGCAGACAUUGUGUGCGCUUGCGUCCAUCGUACGACGAGGAGACCGGCACGCCCGACUCGACGAAGGACUCUACGGAAAUGCUGCGCGGGGUCACCUACCGUCCGCCGGGGUCGGCAACAGGUGGCGCCAGCAGCUUCCGGCCUCAGCCGCAGCGCCAGCGGUCGGUAAACUGCCUCGGCGGUUGCUCGGAGCGCAAGGGAUCAUCCUAUUCCAUCAACCUGGCCGACGAGGCGAGGGACAACCACGCUCAGCAGAUCGAGCGUGCCGAGAUUGCAAAUCUGGUCAGAAGUCGUAUGGAGUCCCUGAACCUGCCCACAAUCGAUUAUGAUGAUGUGAGCGAGAAGCGCAACCACCUGUCCUAUGUGAUAAUCAACCCGAGCUGUGAUCUCAAGCUGGAGGAGGGCGACCUCAUAUACUUGGUGAGGCCGUCGCCGUUCUCGGCCCAAAAGACCUUCGAGCGACACAACUCACGCCGCAAGUCGAACAUCUCGUUCUGCUCGAACAUAAACCUGGGCGCCACCUGCGGCCCCCAGAUGCCGCAGAUGAACAUGAACAUGAACAUGGCCAACACCGCCGUCGGGGCUGGAUCGCGUCGAGGAUCCGGCAUCGCUGGCUUGAACCCCAUGCAAAUGCAGAGCGUUCAGACCUUGGCCGGGUAUGGAUCAUCCUCGCAGCGCUGUAGCCCCCCGAUGCAGCAAAUUAAAUCGAAUUCUCUUUCUCUACCCGACAGUCCGACGGUGGUUGGCAAUCAGCGAGGACGGAGUAACUCAUUGCGGAUCGACAACGAUAUCCUGCUCCGUCGAUCCUCGUCCCUGCGACAGGGCCUUCCCAGCGUGGGCGUCAGCCACGGCCGGAGAAAGUCGUCGCUGGAGGAGAUCGGCAUAAGUCACUUCACCACCCUCAUGCAGGCAACGAACCACAGUAAUCCCAUCAAGAUAUCCCUAAACGGCAGCAUCGGCAUGGAGAAUCAAAUCUCCUUGCAGGUGACGCCGCCCGAGGAGCCCACGCCCAUGUUGGGUGUGCCAUGUGUGGUGGGAGGUGGCGGUGGAGGCGGCAUUAACCCAUCCGGAGCAGGCUCCUCCACGGGCGGCAUGCUGGGCGGCGGCUCCUCACUGGCCAUCAAUACCGCUGACCUGGGACCCGGACCCAGUACCUCUUCGGGCGCCAGUGGUUCACUGCAGCCACAGGACUCGCUGGGGCAGCAGUCGUCUCAAGUAUCGUCGCCUCAGCACUUGCAGGGAACGAUUGUAUGAUACAACCUGAUGUGGGGGCGCCGACUCCGCUCCUCCAUGUCGAAAAACAAAUGGAUAUAGAACACGGCCAGCACACACAGACACACCCGUAGAGAUAAGUUCUAGGCGAAGUUCAGAGCGAAAGUAUUAGGAACCCAACCAAAUAAACCCACCCACCCCAAAAAAGCUGUCUGUGGUGUGUGUUCCCGGCGAAUCCAUUUCGAGCCCCAUUAAGUUAGUAUCGUAUGUUCAAUAGAUCACUAGAGAGUGGCGCGUGCUUAUCAGUUCAUUCCUAGGGAUUACGUAUAGUUAUAUAUAUUGAAUAUUGCAUGUUUUGCAAUUAGUUUUAAGCUAAGAAUAUGUCGGCUUUGCACAAAGGAAGCAGCGUCAAAUUGUGUUUUGGGAACAACAAAUGUAGUUAAACUAUUGGAUAGGCGGGACGAUGAUUUAGCAACCUGUAUAACUGUAUAUAUCUGAUGCCUAGUUGUAAGCAUAUCCGAGAAGCCGGACGUAGCAAACUAUCAAAUAGAUCGGGCUUAAACGCUUAUAUCCAUGUAUAUACCUUAGGUAUGAGCAUUUAGUUGGGCUUCAGCUCGGUUUAGCUUCCCCUUCCUUCGGGAGGAACUUCCUCCGACCCACGUAAACCCCAUAUAGAUACAUAUAUGAAGGUGCUAUCAAUGUCUUGUACUAUACACACAAUUAUAGGAAGGGAGAAUGAGAAAAACAAACCAAGAAAGUGAAACGGUUUUCAUAACAUAAAUUGGAACGGGCUUUGGUAUACUCUAAUGCUUUACAAAAACCAACAGAAAUAUGUAUACAUAUAUAAAAAUAAAUCAAAGAAUUUGUAUAUAAACUAUAAGUGUAAGAACCAAAAUUGCAUUCAAGAAAAACCAAAUGAAAACAAACUAUUAGGACCUAAUGAAAAUACUUAAUUCGAAAAACAACAGAAUCUAGAAAUAGAGCUAGAGUUAACUACUUAAGGCUAGUUUGGACCGAGGAUCGAGUACCGAGUAUCGGCAACUGUACCAAAUUCUAUGAGCUAUAUGAAACGGCGUUCGCAGCUAACACUACCCUGUAGCAUAGUGUCAGGCAACGCAACCCACGUCCCUCUAACUCAAUUCGAUCCCAGCUUAGGCUCUUCGGGAAGUAGCUAAAGCAAACAAAGUACCUACACAACCACAUACCACAAACAUCCACACUCACUUAAUAAUGUUAGUUAAAGCACUUACGGCAGUUUUAUAAGGAAAUUUUAUUCAACGACGACGAUGAAAUGCAUUCUAGUGUCUCGAGAGAAUACCUAGUUAAGCUUAUGCCUAGCACCCCAGAAACCUAUUUAUAUAGAUCUGUAUACUUCUGUAUCCGCAUGUCUGCAACCACAUACACCACAUAGAUCAAAUCAAUGUCUCAAUGUACAAAAGUAGUUAACUAAACCGCAUAAGGCAUUGGCUGCAGCAUUAGAGAUAAAUUUAGUGCGGACUAGGGUAUAAACUCGCUGUAAUAUUUAUCGGCGCCAUGCUCUUUAAGGCAUGCCGAACAGAACUCACAAUAAACUCAAACUAUAGUUGGAAAUAAAAAAAUUGGAUUUUUGAUUAUAAAAUAGUAAAUAUUAAAGGUUGGUUACUAACACAUGGCGUGCUUUUACUGACUUAUGCUUUUUUGGUUCUGCAAGCAGUUAAGAUUGCCCUUAAAUUAAGGGCUUAAUGAGAUUUUUCAUAAUGUUUUGUUUUAUUUCCGAAAGUUGGGUU